CUAUAAAUUUGAUGAUGAAGAUGGGAUUCGGUAUCAAACGUGCUAGAACAUGGAAACCAUAGCAGUUCUGGGACAGAAAUAUGGAUCUCAAUUAUUUCUUCUUUCUCCUAACAACUUGUUUCCCGUAAGGAAACUCUCAUGCUUUCCUCUGAAGUCACUUCCCACUAAGCCUUCAAAGUAUGUUCGUUUGAAAGCAAUGACUUCUCCGACUCGUGAUGAGCAAACAUGCAAUCGCAAGUUCAAGAAAUUGCUCCCUUCUCCAUGGACUGAUCGGUUCCACUCUGUUUCUAUCGCUGUCUCGGAAAUGGAUGCGCUUAGGAAAGAAAUGGAUGUACUGAGUCCGAAAGUGAAGAACAAACUCAUGUCUUCUCAGGGGAUCGACUCGACAAAAAAGAGAAUCCUUAUGAUAUACUUGUUGGUGAGCCUUGGCCUUGCACAUCACUUUAAGGACGAGAUCAAUGAAACUCUACAAGAGGGCUUCGGAAAGAUAGAGGAGAUGAUGGAUGGUGAAGAUGAUUUGUACACAGUGUCCAUCAUCUUUUGGGUUCUUAGGAGAUAUGGUCACAACUUAUCUUCCGAUGUUUUCAGAAGAUUCAAAAUGAACAAUGGAAGUUUCAAAGACUCUCUAACCGGAGAUGCCAAGGGUAUGUUGAGUUUGUAUGAAGCUGCGCAUUUGAGGACGAGGGAAGAUGUGAUAUUGGACGAGGCAUUGGUGUUUACAUCGAGCCAUUUGAAUUCAAUAGCUGCAUGUGGGACGUGUCCGUCUCUUCUCUCAGUGCGUAUACAAAGUGCUCUCAUUCUAUCUCAGCAUUGGAACAUGGAGAUUUUAGUUCCACUGGAGUAUAUCCCAUUCUAUGAACAAGAAAAGGAUCAUGAUGAGAUGCUGCUCAAGCUGGCUAAGCUCAAUUUGAAGUUCCUACAGCUCCAAUACCUUCAAGAACUCAAAAUCAUUACAAAAUGGUACAAUGAGCUAGGGUUUGCAUCUAACCUCCCACCCUACUUCAGAGACAGAAUUGUCGAAAAUUAUUUCUUUGUGCUACCGAUUUUUAUUGAGCCAGAACUCUCACGUGCAAGGAUGAUGUUGACUCAGUUCUUCACCGCUUUAGAGAUUCUAGAUGACACAUUCGACAGAUAUGCGUCCCUUCCUGAGGCUGAAAGUCUUGCCAACAGCUUGAAAAGGUGGGCGCCUGAUCAUGACAUGGAUAAACAACCUGAUUAUUUGAAAUUCGUGUUGAACUCCAUAUUCAAGAUUUUUGAAGAUUUGGAAAGAGAACUUAAGACAGAAGGAAGAUUGUACAGCUUGGAUGCCACUAAAGAUGAGUUCAAGAUAGGUGUGAAAGCCAACUUUGACCUCGCAAAAUGGGCACUUGUGGCUCACGUACCUAGCUUUAAGGAGUACAUGGAGGUUGGUGAGGAAGAGAUAGUAGCGUGUCUGACUUUGGCAGGUAUUUUUAUGUCUAUGGGCAAGACAGCUACUAAGGAAGCUUACGAGUGGCUAAAGUCCAGACCGAAGCUCGUCCAAGCUUUAUGUAUCAAAGGGCGUCUUAGGAAUGAUAUAACCGGUUAUGAGGAUGACAUGAGUAGAGGAUAUGUCACAAAUGCGAUCAACUGUUAUAUGAAGCAAUAUGGAGUUCCCGUAGAGGAAGCUAUAAGGGAGCUUAAUAAAAUUGUUGCAGAUGCCGAUAAGACACUAAAUGAGGAGUUCUUGACGACAGUUGACGUGGGACGUGGUGUUCUUAAGGCAGCCAUGGAUUUCGGACGCAUGAUAGCCGUCACCUAUAAUGUAGACGAAGGGUUUACCCAUCCCGAAGGAAAAAUCAAGGAGUAUAUGACUUCAAUGCUCCUCGACGAGAUCCGUCUCUGAAAUCACUGAUAAGUAUUGUUAUGUGUGUUAAUUAACACUUGGGGCAUUUGUUCUUCUUGUACAACGUCAUGUGCUUGGCUUCUACUGGUUAAAAUAUGAUCGGGUGUCGUUUUUCGCAACGCAUACUGUUUCUGUACGCUGUCAUAAUGUUGGCGAGUCUAUUUAAAUCAUUGAAGUAAGAUGGUA